GUUGAUUGGGGAUAUGCGCGGUAUCUUGUUCGAGUCUGCAACGAUAUUGUUCCCGGAAAGAGAAGGUGAAAAGAGAAACCAAAAGAACAAAAGAAGUAAAUAAGAAAACGUUUGGGAGAAAAUCAGGAGGAGGUGAAGAACUCGAACUCUUAAUUCGCAAUUGCGAGUAAAUAAAGUGGAAGAAUUGAAAUUGCAAAGGGAAAGCAUGGCAAAAGAGGGGAGUGGAUCCAUACUGCAAUUCGCACCGUUUCAAAGUUCAGUAGACGAAGGAUUUUGGCACCGAUUCUCUUCUUUGAAGCUCAACAAGUUUGGCAUCGACGAUUCUCCCAUCGCUAUCUCCGGUUUCUUUGCACCUUGCUCACAUCCUCAGGUAUCCAAUCAUUUAACUCUCCUCGCUGAAUCGCUGCCGUCUGAUUCAAAUGAGGAAUCAUCAAUUCCAGCUUUUAGUCGAGGCAAUCGGAAUAGGUGCUCUGUUCCGGGCAUUCUUUACAACACUAAUACGAUGGAAAGUUUCCAUGGUUUGGAUAAACAAGGUCUGCUCAGGGCAGAAGCAAAGAAGAUUUGGGAGGAUGUUCAUAGUGGAAAAGUUCUGGAGGACUCUUCAGUAUUAUCAAGGUUCCUUCUUAUCUCAUUUGCAGACCUGAAAAAAUGGAGCUUUCACUAUUGGUUUGCUUUCCCUGCUCUUGUACUUGAUCCUCCUGCUACCUUGGUAGAUUUGAGGCCAGCUUCUCAAUGGUUCACCUUGGAAGAGGCAGAAUCUGUAUCAGCGGCAUGUAAUGAAUGGCGAAACUCAAGUGUAACUGCUGAUGUGCCAUUCUUUUUGGUCAGUGUUGGUUCUGAUUCACGGGCUGCCGUUAGGCAUCUUAAGGAUUGGGAAACCUGUCAAUAUGAUGGUCAAAAGUUGCUAUUUGCAUUUUAUGACCCAUGUCAUCUUCCAAACAAUCCUGGCUGGCCUCUCCGCAACUACCUGGCAUUUAUUUGUGCUAGAUGGAAUCUCAAAACAGUUCACUUUUUGUGCUAUAGAGAGAAUCGUGGUUUUGCUGAUUUGAGUUUGUCCCUUGUUGGUGAAGCCUUGAUUACAAUUUCACAAGGAUGGAGGGAACAUCAAUGUGUGCCCAAUGCUGUAGGAUGGGAACUUAACAAGGGGAGAAAAGUACCAAGGUGUAUUAACCUUGCAAAAUCCAUGGAUCCAACCAGGUUAGCUAUAUCUGCUGCAGACUUAAAUUUGAAACUGAUGAGAUGGCGUGCUUUGCCAUCUCUUAACUUAGACAUCUUGUUUUCUAUCAAGUGCCUUCUCCUUGGUGCAGGCACACUUGGAUGCCAGGUUGCUCGAAUGCUUAUGGCUUGGGGUGUCCGCAGAAUCACUCUAGUUGACAAUGGCAGGGUGGCCAUGUCUAAUCCAUUGAGGCAGUCACUGUAUACAUUGGAUGACUGCCUCAAUGGUGGUGAUUUUAAAGCCACAGCAGCAGUGAGAAGCCUACAGCGAAUAUUUCCUGCAGUGGUAGCAGAAGGUGUUGUUAUGGCCAUUCCUAUGCCUGGACAUCCAGUGUCCAGCCAAGAAGAGAACAGUGUCCUUGAAGAUUGUAGACGACUCAAUGAUUUGAUUGGUUCUCAUGAUGUAAUUUUCUUGUUGACUGAUACUAGAGAGAGUCGGUGGCUCCCUACACUUCUCUGUGCCAACACUAACAAGAUAACCAUUACUGCAGCCCUUGGGUUUGACAGCUUCUUGGUUAUGCGCCAUGGACCUGGUCCUUUUAACUCCACUCCUGACUUGAAAGCUGAAAUGCCAAAUUCUUUAUCUGCUGUCAUGGACAACCUUGCCCUAACAAAUACAGAUGGAAAGCAGAGACUGGGUUGUUACUUCUGUAAUGAUGUGGUUGCCCCAACAGAUUCAACUUCAAACCGCACAUUGGAUCAGCAGUGCACUGUUACUCGUCCAGGGCUUGCACCUAUUGCUUCCGCACUUGCAGUUGAGCUUUUAGUAGGCAUAUUGCAUCACCCUCAUGGGAUAUUUGCUGAAGCUGAGAUUGCCAAGUCCAAUAAUGGUGGAAGUAGUGAGCUUCCUCUGGGUAUUUUACCCCAUCAGAUACGAGGUUCACUCCCCCACUUUCAACAGAUGACCCUUGUGGGCAACUCCUCUAACAGUUGUACAGCAUGUUGCAGCACUGUUGUGUCGGAAUAUCGCAAAAGAGGGAUGCAAUUCAUUCUCCAAGCAAUUAACCAUCCUACCUAUUUGGAGGAUCUUACUGGACUAACAGAGUUGAUGAGAUCAGCAAACACUUUUCAACUAGACUGGGAUGAUGAGAUGGAGGAUGCUGAUGAUGAAUGCAUCGAACUAUAAAAGAUUAAAGACUACUUUAUACAUUUCAGAAUAAUUUUUUUUUCUUUCUGUAUAAAUACAAACCAAAAAGGCAAAUGUGAAGUUUAAAUCCAUUUCCAGUUUCCUCUUUGAUUUGAAAUCAAUCUGAACAUUAAUAUGUCUUCUUCUCUCA